UAGGAUGUGUUCAUUGAAGAUGGUGGCGGUGUGUCAUACUCACUGUCCUGCAUAUUUGUAAGAAUUUGUUUAUAUAUGUACGUAUUUCCGACACUGGCUACGCCUGACUUCAGUCUCUUCAGUGAUAUCUGUUAGAGUGAGCUGGUCCUUAGACCUGUCAGCUCUGCAGACAUGCAGCCUCCUCCUCGGACUGGGCCUCCAGGGGCCUCUGGUCCUCCUCCUUCUGGGCCCAAUAUGUUUCGGAGGACCAGGCCUCAAAAGCAUGCAGCAGUGACUACUGCCCCAAUGCCUCCAGCUACACAGCCAAUGACAGACCCUUUUGCAUUUAGUAGAACUCCUCCUCCUUCAUUGGCUGCAGGUGGUCUCCCAACAAUACCUAACAGUAACCCCCCACAAUUUCAAACCCCACCUACUACCAUGCACUCUCAACAUGGCUCAGGGCUUCCUCCACAACCACAGACACUGGAAGAUGUCCCAGUGGUACCAUCUGGUCCCCCACCAUCGUCUCUGCCAGGGGUUACCCUGUUCAACCCCAACAGUACAGCAACCCCUAGUGUUUUCCAAGCACCAUGUUCCACAGGAUAUGCAUCCCCACAUGGUGAACAGGGUUAUUUUAAUUCAAGAGAACAUGUACCAACCAUGUCCACAGAAUCACCACUUACAAUGGUAGCCCCAACACCACCUUUCAACCAGGAAUUUCAAGGACAGCCUUCUCCUCAUCUCAUGCCCUUCCACCCACUGCCUCCCACCUCCUCUUCCCAGUGGGUCCCUGAUAAUUCAAGUCGCCCUCCAUCAGUUCUUAACUAUUUCCAGCCAACUAGUGAUCCUCCACCACAGCCUAUAGCUCCACACAGUCAGAUGUACCCCUCCCACAGUCAGUCACCCCAUCAUAAUCCCCCCACCCCUCCGACUCAACCUGGACAUCCUCAUAAUCAGGCGUCUCACCCCUCUGAAAAUCCUGGAAAACCACCAAGUUCCCACUGGCCAGACCAAAAUGGACCCCAGCAGCAUAAUUCACAUUUCCAAACUCAGAGUUACUUCAGUCAGAGUUCUGCCCCCCAAGACUCAUGGUUCACCCAGCCUCCACAGGACUCAGGCUACCACCAAAUGGGGACUGGUUUAAGCCACCCUCAGCCCCCUACUGACUCUGCUGGAGCUCAACAGGCAUCCAUCUCAGGACCUGGACCUAGUUCUGCCUCUGCCUCAGACUCCUACUCUCAGGAGUCUGGUACACUUUCAAUGUUUUUUAAAGACAGGGAUGUUGAAAAUGAGGAGACACUGGCUAGUGAAAGAAAUAAGGCUGUGAAUGGUAUUGCAGGAUCUUUUCAGCAUCACAGCGGUCCACAGGUCCACAGUGGCAAUGCAGAAGUUUCUUUGGAUUACCAAGGAAUUUCUCCACAAGAUAAUUCAAACAUACCUUAUAUGAAUGAGGACAAUCAUCUUUCCCAAGGAAAUACCCAGAAGCCACCUGAUGCCCGGUUUGACCAUGUAGAGAAUUUGGAGUGUGUCCCAAACCAAGAAGUAUUACCUAGUGAAACCCACAGCAAUCUUGCUGCUACGACACCCCAUGGAGUAGACCAGUUUGAAACUGGACCCAACCUGGAAACUCCAGAUUCAAUUCCAAGACCCAUGAGGUCUGCCAGUGUAUCGUCCAACUAUAGCAACAUGAGCCAUGGAAGUGGAACUGGCACUCGUCGGCACCAGGGAGUUGUAGGCACCUUUAUUCAGCAGGAAAGCCCACGUCUCACGGAUGAUGCUAAUCUGUCUGCUGUCACAGGUGGUUACUUUGAGCAGAUUGAUACUUCUCCAGCUGGAGAUGCAGGCAUCCAACAAAGCUCCCUGGAGCAGAUGUGGCCUCCCACACCCAGCCCUCCAAAACCAACUGGUAAUUUUCAAGCCAGUGCUAAUAGCUCUUUUGAACCUGUGCGCUCACAUGGAGUUGGGGUGCGCCCUGCGGAGGUUGAUAGGGCUAAAAUGGUGGCAGAAGGGGUCACAGAUUAUAGCUCAGGCAACUUGGAGCUGCCACCAGAUAAUAUGGAAAAUAUUUAUGGCCCAGGACGCCCCCAGCCUGCAGGGACUGGAGCUGGAGUACCUCAUUUGGCACACCCAGUGGUCCAUUCUCAUUCUCGGCCUUCAUCGCGUGCUUUUGGCACCAAUCGACCCUGUGAAAGUCCUGCCACUACUCUGUGGGCUCAGAAUGAUCCUACUAGCUUGGGCACUAAUAUCUUGCUUGCCCCUGCUGCGCCAACAGUUUUGGCCCCUUUACGAGAGCCCAGCGCUGAUGUCAUCCAGCCACCAGAGGAUGGUCCAUUGGACCUGCAGCACUCCAAGAGAACCCAGACAACUUCUCAGCAACACUCAGAGAACCUAGAGAACCCACCAAAGGUGAGUGAUGUGGAGCCAGCUGACUCUCAAGGCAACCUGGGCUAUGCAUCUCUCCUGGUAUCUGACUCCCUCCUGGUAUCUGACUCCCUCCAUCAGCCUGUUUUAAUUGCCCCGCCUGUUUCCAAUUACAGUGUGAUUCCUUCCGGUACCUCUGCUCAAUCAUCCACUCAAAGUAAUCUUAAGGAAACUACCCCACCUGAGAGAUCACCUGCGCAGGGGCAGGGUGGUGGUACCUUCCAGCCACAUUCAGUACCUGCUAAUCAAAAUCAACUCUUUACCUCUGGUGCCACAGCCUUCUUUUCAACUCCUAACCAGGGUCCACUCAAUCUGACUCAAGAAAACAUUGCAGCGGCAACAUCAGAAAUAAUGCACCCGCAGUCUCAGUCUGUCCACCCUCCUGUUUCAAGGGGCCAAUCACUGAGUGGAGAUAGCCACUCUGCUGUCCAGCUUAAUUCACAGGCUUCUUCUCUCAUGACUGCUUCUGUCUCUAAUCAUAAUCAGCCAUCAAAUUAUGAACUGCUUGAUUUUUCUAUGCAUCAAUCACACUCCCAGAGCCAGGUAUCUGGUCAGCCUUCCUCUUUACAUAAUUCGCCACAGUCUAGCAAUGGAUUUUACCUGCAGGUCACCAAAGACUCUCAGCAGGGGGUAAGAGUGGAAGGGAAUGCUUUUGCCCACGCUCCAACUUCUUCAUCUACCCCGCAGGUACCACCAGCACCUUCCCAAGCAGCUGUAAAAACCCAGCAGCCCCCAAAUACAUCUUCUAAGCAAUCAGAUUCUAAGUCUGCACUGCAGGAACAAAACAAUGUUCCUAUAAGUGGAGCACAACCUUCACACAGUCAGUAUUCAACUCCAGUACAAGGGCCUGCUCCAGGAAGUGCUCCUGCUCCUCCCACUGCUUACCCUCCGGGACCACGAGGGCCAGCAGCCUCAGGAGAACCGCCUCGGCCGCCAUCUUCUGCAGGCAGCCAUCAAGGCUAUGGGCAACCUUCUGUGCCAGGGCAGGCUUAUAGUGGCUAUUAUGGUAAUUAUGCUGAAGGCUCAGAUGGCAGAGCUCCCUAUCCUCCUGGCCAGUACCCACCUCCACCUGGGGAUCCAAGAGCACAGUCAUAUUAUCAGGAUGGUGCAUACAGGGGUAGAACUGAUCCUUGGUAUGGAAGAUAUGAUGGGCCAAGUUACCGUGAUCCAAACUACCAGAGCAGAGAGUCACAACCGGAUCGACCCAACUCAAGGGCCAGUCAGUACUCUGACAGACCCUCAUCAAGGCAAGGUUAUUCUGAUGAUUACCACCGAGCAAACCGAAGUGCCUACAGUGAAUAUUAUGCAGAUUAUCCCAAGCACUAUGAUUAUGGAGGAUACAACUAUGGACAAUAUGACCCCCGAUACAGAGGAUAUUAUGACCAUUCCUACUGGUCAUAUUACGACGAAGCAUACAGAAACAGCUACUAUAAUCAGCAAAUGUAUCCUGGCAGGAAAGAAUGCUAUGAUGACCAGUGGCGGUACUAUCCUGGUUAUGAUACCAGUUUUGAUGAUGAAAGCCGUCGUGGUAGAGACAUGUAUGGCGAUGACUUUGACCGGCGCAGCGUACACAGCGAGCAGUCAGCACACAGCGUGCACAGCUCCCACAGUCACCACAGCAGACGGAGCAGCUUCAGCUCACGAUCACAGCAGAGCCAAGUGUACAGGAGCCAGCCUGACUUGGUAUCUGCAGUUUAUGAUACCACAUCAUCCACUUUGGCUGUGGAUUACUCCUAUGGGCAGUACCCUAAUCAGGCUGAUGCUUCCCAGAACUACAGCCAGUAUCUCUAUCCAUCAGAGUACACUGCAGACAGUACCUGGAUUGCCCCUGAGCAACCUCCUCCUCGUCCUGCAACUCCAGAGAAGUUCACCAUACCCCACCGCUGUGGCCGAUUUGGACCAGGUGGACAUCUCAUUCAAGUCCUGCCUAAUCUUCCCUCAGCUGGACAGCCUGCUCUUGUUGAUAUCCACAACAUGGAGACCAUGCUGCAGGACACCUCAGAUCAGGCAGAACUACGAGCUUUCCCUGGACCCCUUAUUAAGGAGGAGACUCAUAAGGUGGAUGUGAUAAAGUUCUCUCAGAACAAAUCACUGGAGUGUGCCCGUGAUAACAACCUGUUAGACAGAGACUCUGCCCGCCUGCUCUGGGAUUUCAUUGUCCUGCUCUGCAGACAGAAUGGGACUGUCGUUGGCACAGACAUUGCUGACCUCUUGCUAAAGGAGCAUCGCUCUGUGUGGCUACCAGGAAAAAGUCCCAAUGAAGCUAAUUUAAUUGAUUUUAACAAUGAACCAUUGGCACGAGCAGAGGAGGAGCCUGAAGCUGGACCGCUGUCCCUUUUGUCUGACACUUUCAUGAUUGUCCCAGAAAACAUUGGCAAAGAAACGGAACGCUUCAGGGAGCUGCUACUGUUUGGCCGCAAAAAAGAUGCACUAGAAGCAGCCAUGAAGGGGGGUCUCUGGGGUCAUGCCCUGCUGUUGGCCAGUAAGAUGGACAACAGGACACAUGCACGUGUCAUGACAAGAUUUGCCAAUAGUUUGCCCAUGAAUGAUCCUCUACAGACAAUAUACCAGUUGAUGUCAGGAAGGAUGCCUGCAUCGGCCACCUGCUGUGGAGAGGAGAAGUGGGGGGACUGGCGGCCUCAUCUGGCCAUGGUGCUGUCAAACCUCACACACAGCUUGGACCUGGAUACUCGCACAAUCACCACCAUGGGUGACACUCUUGCUUCUAAGGGGCUGACUGAUGCUGCACACUUUUGCUACCUGAUGGCAAAAGUUGGUCUGGGAGUUUUCACAAAGAAGAGCACCAAGAUGGUUUUGAUUGGCUCCAACCACAGUUUGCCCUUUAGUCAAUUUGCCAGCAAUGAAGCAAUCCAGAGGACUGAGGCCUAUGAAUAUGCUCAGUCUCUGGGCUCCCAGCCUUGUUCACUGCCCAACUUCCAGGUCUUCAAGUUGAUCUAUGCAUGCCGUUUGGCUGAAGCAGGCCUGUGUGCCCAUGCCUUUCACUACUGUGAAGUUAUCUCAAAAACUAUCCUCAUGCAGCCUUCAUACUAUUCUCCAGUGUUCAUCAGCCAAAUCAUACAGAUGUCGGAAAAGCUGCGUUUUUUUGAUCCACAACUAAAGGAGAAGCCUGAGCAGGAAUUGUUUGUUGAGCCUAACUGGCUGAAUGACCUCAGACAGCUGGAUGGACAGAUCAGGACUGGUGUGAUCACCUGCAGUGUGGACAGAACAACACCUGCGCAGUUUGACAGCAGCAGCGAAUGUUCAGACUUGGACCAACCGACUCCUCCUGAACCUUACAGCAUGCCGCUGGGAAUGGACGGCCCAGCUCCCGACAACCCACUGAUGAGCUCAUUACUGCCUGGGCCUCCACCACAAGCAGUACAUUUGAUGCCUCCAGCUCCCACUUCUAUCCUCCAAGAUGGGAUGUCCCAUCCUCAGCUUAUACCCCCUAACGAUGCACCCCAGUUCUACCCAGUACCCCCAAGUGGACCACCUGGCCAAGUCCAUAUGCCAGGUUUUCUGCCACAGGAUCCUGGCCUUGCUCCUCCCCCCUUCCAGCCUCAGCCUGAGCAGUCAGAAGUGUAUCCAGGAGCCCAUCAGCAACCCUACCUUCCUCCACAAAUGAGCCAAAUGUCACCUCACAUGGUUCCCCCACAGAUGCCACAUUCACCUGUGCAGAUGAACCACCCACCACAUCAGAUGCCACCCUCUCCUGGCCAUAUGCCACGUAUGGAGCAUCCAUCUCAGACUUUCCCAGAUAUGCACACUGCUCAACAAAUAUCAUCCUCCCCACCAAGAAGCUCCAUCACCCCCCAAAUGGACUUGUUUGAUCACAUGGCUACCAUGGGAUCUGGCAGAACACGAACUAUUUCUCAGUCUUCAAUGCAUUUGCCAUCAGGACGCAGCUCUCGCAGAGCCUCCGAGUCAUCGACUCACUCCGGUGGAAGAGAGCGGAGCAACUCUGCUGUGAAACAGUGCUCACCACCUCCACCCUCUAUUCCUGAACAACCUAGAAAAGAAGAGGCAAAGAAAGCCAAGAGAGACUCUCCUAAAAAGAGCCGUGGCUGGCGGGACUGGAUCUUCGGGAAGGGGAAGAACGAGGCUCACCUUCCAGAUGACAAAAACCCAUCUAUUGUGUGGGAUGAAAAGAAACAGAGAUGGGUUGACUUAAAUGAGCCCGAAGAAGAGAUUAAACCCCUGCCUCCACCUCCCUCUGGCUUCCCAAAGAUGCCUCAGAUGCCUGGUCCUGGAGGACCUGCUGCUCCACUGAGUAGUGGCCCUCCUGUCAACAUGUUUUCCAGGAAGGCAGGUACCAAGAGCAGAUAUGUGGAUGUUCUGAACCCGAGUAGAUCAGCUAAACCAAGUGGAUUGGCCCCUGCUCCGGCAGACAUCUUUGCUCCUCUGGCACCAAUGCCCAUGCCCGCUAACCUAUUUGUGCCUAGUUCAGCCCCUGAUGAUCAACAACCUCUGGAGGGCAGUGAAGGUGGAAAUCAAGAGCAGAAUUCACCAAAUGCCAGCGCAGCACCGCAGAUGUUCAACCCGACGGUUUUACCGCCAGCCGCAGAAGGACUUCCUGCUCCUGAUGGCUCCCAGUCUGGGGAGCUCUCACGUUCUAGCUCAAUGAGUUCUUUAUCACGAGAAGUGAGUCAGCAUUUAAACCAGACUCACCCUACCCAAGGAACUGCACCCCCUAGUGGCGUGACCUUUUAUAACCCUGCACAGUUUGCGCAGGCAAGUGCAUCAUCAGGAGGUGGAAUACGCUCUGGGCGCUUGGGUGGUCCACGGCAGUACCCCGUGUUGAAAUAAGCAUGAUCUGGCAGAGAUUUUCUAAAGAGAUUUGGACAGAAUGAAGUCCUACUGAAGAGUAAAUGAAGCACAUGGACAUCCUACUCUUUCUUAAGGACUCCUUCUUUUGCCUUCACUUUAGAAGAGCAAUAUCACAUCAUGUCGGUCUUUGUCCAACAGCUUGACCACUUUGUCUUUUUUUUUUAAGCCCAGUUGGUAUCGCUAGUGUAUUCUAGCUAGUGUAACAGACACGGUGUUUCCUUGAAGGGCUUAUUCCUGUAUUCAAACAGGAAACUGAGUUGAAUAAUUAGUUUUAUCAUGGGUAAACACUUACCCGUGGAUGCAUUCAUACACAAACUGUAUGUUCCAGUAGGUAUAAUUUAGUAUACAAUUAAUGCAUUGCUCCACUAAAGCUGCCCAGUGUCCCCUAGAAUAUAACACUGUUAACAGAGCAAUCACCCCUUGUCCCAUUUUAUUUUUAUUUUUGUCUAAAGUUCAAAUGUCCGCUUGUGUGCGUGAAGGAUAGAAAAAAAAAUGGCACCUUUUGACUUUGAUAUUAUGGACUUGUAUGUGAGCUCUUCAGUGGUCAGUUAGCUGGAGAGGACAUUUCAUGUGAGUGAUUUGUGUCAGUAGUGCUUUGUCUUGCUGUGUUGUUGGCUUUUUCUUUCUGUUGCCCUCCAGUAAAAGCAGCAUGUUGGAUGACACAGGAAAGAGCAUAAGUCUGCCAUGUUAAGAUGCAACUCAUUUCAGAUAUUUAUUUAAUUGUCCUCCUGCACAUCUGCUCUUCACUUUAAAACGUGUCAGGGCUUUUUUUUCUUUUCUUUUUUUUUGGUUAGAAUUUCACAUAUAAUCAAAUGAAGGGGUGGUCAGAAGAGCAGAAGCCAGGAUUGCAGACACAUUUUAAAUGUUGCUAGAAAUGAAUCUAUCCAAAUAUUUGUAUAUCAGACUGAUUGUAUUUAUGACCUGUAGGCAUAAAAGAUGCGUGAGCGUGCGUGUGGAGUAUUUUCUUUUUUUCUGAUAGGCUUUGACAAAAUGCAUUUAUGAUUGAACAGAUUAUACGAAUCAUAUUCUGAUCAUUUGUAUCGACCGCUUCUGCAUUCAAAUAAAUCUUUAUCUAAAUUGUGAACUGAGUUGUAAUUGAAAUGAUUUCAUUUGCUGACAUCGGUCCCAGAUGUUUCUGAUUCAGUAACUUUGUAGACAUGAUUUCUAAAGUUUUCUUUUUGUUUCAGAGAGGCAGUUUCCCAUGUUUUAGGAUUCCUCAUGUAAAAUUUACAAAAACAAAUACAAAUGUAGAAACAAAUGGUAAUAAAGGUAUUUUUGCGCUCUGUAGCACUUUGAAA